AUGGCAGCUACCGGCCUCCUACUCCUGCCCACCACCCCGCCAUCUUAUCACAGGAUCGUCUCACCCACACUCACCAUCCCCACCGACCCCCAGCUUCCCAUCCCAGUCGGACUCCUCGCCUGCCAGCGUAAGCACCUCCCUUCCCCCGCCUCUCAUCCCCCUACUUUGCUCAUCACCCCGUCUAGGCGACCCAUACCUCCGCGAGCUCGAGACUACCAUCAUAAACUGCACGAUCUCCAAAUCAGCACCCCCACCGCCAAAUGCGAAGAAGAGCAAGAAGGAGGAGGACAACCGUCAGACAUCGGGAUCAUCACCACCGCAGAGGGGAAGACGUGGGACAUCACUCAGGUGAAGAGACACGGCGGGCAUGCCGUACACUACAUUCGUGUCCAGAAUUCUGAUUCGGACGCGCAAUACUUUUCUCAAGGAGCCAAAGUGACAGUCGCCCUUGGAAAUGAUGGUGUGAACCGCAGAUACGACCAUAUGUCAAUGCACACCUCCCAGCAUCUUCUUUCCGCAAUCCUCGAAACACGACUUAAUCUCCCUACCCUGUCCUGGUCUCUCACCACAUACCCCGCACCAUGCUAUGUCGAAUUGCCGCGCAGCAUGUCGAUAGAAGAGAUAACAGCCAUACAAGAUGAGGCCAACCGACUUGUCUUCGAGGGCAGGAAGGUCCAUGUCGAGGUAGAAGAACUGAACAGAGAGCAAGAAUCUGACGUACCCAAACAUGAAAGCGGGCGUGCAGUCGGUAAAACCCUACCCGCAGACUACACAGGAGGUGUCAAGCGAGUAGUUGUCAUCGACGGUGUUGACCGUAACCCCUGCUGUGGGACGCACCUCCCGUCGCUGCAUAACUUGCAGCUCUUCCUCAUACCUCAGACAGAAGCCCUCUCACGCUCUUCUACUACAUCUGCGAGGCUCUACUUCUUAUCCGGGCCACGGCUCAUCGCCCACUUGACAUCUUCGCACUCAUUACUCGCCAAUACUGCAGCCAUACUCAGCUGCGGAGCUCCCCUAGUCCCCGACCGUGUUGGCCAAGUCGUCGACGAGCGUAAAAAGGCUGAGAAAAGAGUCGAAGACCUAGAGCUCGAGCUCGCCAAGUCCGUCGCUGAAGACAUUCUCACAGAAGCUUGUGAUCAAUCAGAAGAGCGCUUAUUCGUGAAGCAUCUACACAGAACAGACGAUGCGGCGAACGCACUGGGCUUCCUGUCCUCCGUGUCCUUCUCGUUUUCCAACACCGUGACAGAAAAGCUUCCUUACCUGUUAGUCAUGACAUCGUCACCCUCUUCUCAAACGACAUCAAGCACGAGCGUGGUACUUGUUUCUGGAUCAGAUGAGCAAAAGGUAAAGACCGCCGGUGAACGGUUAAAGACCGAAAUAGGGGUCAAAGGUGGGGGAAGGGGCCCAAGAUGGAGCGGAAAGUUUAUUGGCGUGUGGAAGGAAGGACGAGAAGACGCAGCAAUUGAGGAUAUUCUCAGGGCUCUCGUCAAUGAAUAG